AUGCCACCCAACUCUUUGAGUUUCCUGUUAUUAAUAUGUGCUCUUCUGAUAGCUCCGAUUCAGUCGAGAGGAUUCUUUGGAAUUCCUGGUGACUACUGCUCCACCCGUACCCAUACUUGCUGUGAGAACCGUGACGAUGACUGCACCGUCCCAAUUCUUGGAGAUCAUCUCUGUUACUGUGACAUGUUCUGUGAUCGUGGACCGGACGGAGGAAACGACUGCUGUCCAGACUUUGAGGCCACUUGCCGCGGAAGAGACAUCCAAAACGACCAGAGAAUCGACGGUGAAAGCUGCUCGAUGGACGGAGAAACUAAGGAAAAGAAUUGCGAAAAGUGCACUUGUCAAAAUGGAAUGUGGAAAUGUGACGGUACCGCGUGUCUCAUCCAACCAGAUAUUCUCGAGAAACUUCACACCGGAAGAUAUUCAUGGACUGCCCGUAACUAUUCGACAUUUUGGGGUCGAAGUUUGAGUGAUGGAAUUAAAUAUCGAUUGGGAACGUUGUUUCCGGAGAGAUCUGUACAGAAUAUGAACGAGAUUUUGAUCAAACCGAGAGAGCUUCCCGAGCAUUUCGAUGCCAGAGAUAAAUGGGGACACCUCAUCCAUCCGGUAGCAGAUCAAGGAGAUUGUGGAAGCAGUUGGGCGGUUUCAACGACUGGAAUCUCGUCUGAUCGACUCUCAAUCAUCUCGGAAGGCAGAAUCAACGCAUCUCUCUCAUCUCAACAGCUUCUUUCCUGUAAUCAACAUAGACAGAAAGGGUGUGAAGGAGGGUAUUUGGAUAGAGCAUGGUGGUACAUCAGGAAGUUGGGAGUCGUUGGAGAUCACUGCUAUCCAUAUGUUUCCGGACAAAGUAGAGAGCCGGGACAUUGUUUGAUUCCGAAGAGAGAUUAUACAAACCGUCAAGGUCUCCGAUGUCCAAGUGGAGAUCAAGACAGCACCGCCUUCAAAAUGACUCCACCCUACAAAGUGUCGAGUCGUGAGGAGGAUAUUCAGACGGAGUUGAUGACCAACGGACCAGUUCAAGCCACUUUUGUAGUCCACGAGGACUUCUUUAUGUAUGCUGGAGGAGUCUAUCAACACUCGGAUCUGGCUGCUCAGAAAGGAGCAUCUUCCGUUGCAGAGGGAUAUCAUUCUGUUCGAGUUUUGGGAUGGGGAGUAGAUCACUCGACUGGACGACCAAUCAAAUACUGGCUUUGUGCCAAUUCAUGGGGAACUCAAUGGGGAGAAGAUGGAUAUUUUAAGAUUUUGAGAGGAGAGAAUCAUUGUGAAAUUGAGAGUUUUGUUAUUGGUGCCUGGGGCAAAGGAUCAAAACGACGAAGACGAUUCAAGAUGAGAAAACUGCGUCGAUUCAAGAAGAUGUUCAAGUAG